ACUCGAAUACGAGGAACCACACAAGCCCGCAACACUCGCAGAAGAGGGACGUGCAAACAAAGUUGGUCAACGACAAUUUAAACUGCAGCACUAUUUUCAAGUUUUGAUGUAUCUGGAAUAGAUUUUCAAACUGGUGGAUCCCUGACUUCAUUUUUCAAGGACUCUCCCUCACCAAAAACAUUGAAAAGGAGUGCUCAAUGAAUUUUAGUUCCACAAAUACAAAGCACUCUGGAAAGAUGUGUACACUGUGAUGAGAGAUUGACAGUUAGUGUUGCUGUGAUCGACAGAGAGGAGGCACCAUUGUUCUUUCUCAAGUGGACCGUCGUCCUCAGUCAGCUGCUCUUUCAAUGUUGGAUACCGUUGUGCUCCUUUAGCCAGGCUGAAAUCCACCAGGUUGAGGACCUCCCUCAUGGCGGCCUUUUUCUUCGGGCUGCUUCUCUUCGCGAUGCAGCCCCCCCCUAUCCCCUCCAGGCCCGCGGAGACGGGUGACGGUGACUGGGGACCCCCUCCGUCCCCCACCGCCUCUUCCCCCCUGGCCCUCAAUGACACCGGGGCCACCAGCCACCCCAACGGAACCUUCAAGCAGUUGCCCCGCAUCAUCAUCAUCGGCGUGAGGAAGGGCGGCACACGGGCGCUCAUCGAGAUGCUCAGCCUGCACAGCGCGGUAGCGGCGGCCGAUAACGAGGUGCAUUUUUUUGACUGGGAGAGUCACUUCCAGAAGGGCAUACCCUGGUAUCUCAGCCAGAUGCCCUUCGCCCUCCCUGACCAGCUGACUGUGGAGAAAACCCCUGCCUACUUCACCUCCAGCAAGGUGCCCGAACGCAUCCACGACAUGAACCCAGGCAUCAAGCUGCUGCUCAUUCUCCGGGACCCAACCGAGCGGGUUCUGUCGGACUACACCCAGGUCUUUUACAACCGUCUGCAGAAGCACAAGCGCUACCAGCCCAUCGAGUCGUUGCUUGUGAAAGACGGGGAGAUCAACCUAGGAUACAAAGCUCUCAACCGUAGCCUGUACCACCUGCACCUUCAGAACUGGCUGCGUUACUUCCCCCUAGAGAGCAUCCAUGUUGUGGACGGGGAUAAGCUGAUCAGGGACCCCUUCCCGGAGAUGAAGAGAGUGGAGAGGUUCCUGAACCUAGAACCGCAGAUAAACGCAUCUAACUUCUACUUUAACAAGACUAAAGGGUUCUACUGCCUGAGGGACCACGGGCGAGAGCGUUGUUUACAUGACUCUAAGGGCAGGGCGCACCCUCACGUGGCUCCCGCCAUCCUCCACAAACUCUACCAAUUCUUUCAUGAACCCAAUAGGAAGUUCUUUGAGCUGGUGGGCCGAACAUUCAACUGGAACUGAGUUGUUUUUCUGGCCGGUAUUAUCCACAGUUCUGAUUCUCAUGUUAAAAAGCUCAUCCUGAAGCUGUACAGAGUAUAAAAGGGAGAUUGAAGUUAGAUAUAUAUUUGUAUUAUUUGAAACAUGUGGCAGCGUUCUGACCAGCAACAAUCAAGACAGACUUGGCACAUCUGUUUUUUUGGUCGAUAUCGUCAUUCAUUGCAAGUCGAUACCAGUUUCUUUUGUCUUGUUGUUUUAGCUUCUUCGAUAACCAGGUGUCCUCACUUCUCUGUGUAGUGCAUGGCAGACGCAUGCAUUAUUAUUUAGCUCUAAAUCACUUCAAAGCAAUGGAGUGAUCAAUGAUAAGGGCAUUCAAAGGUCGAUUUAAGUUAAUGUGUCACAUGCAAUUUUUAAGGAUUGCAAGUCUGCAACUCUUUUGAGCAUCAAUCUGAAGAACAAUAUGCUGGUCUAUUUCCAUUGAUAUGCUGUCAUCAGUAACACACAUGUUAUUUUUGCUAACAGUCAUUUUUCAGUGUUCUGAAGGGUCUAUAUGCUGCUACUCUAUUAUUAUUAUUAUUAUUAUUAUUUGUAUUUUUUUUCAGGCACAUUCAUACUGAUUUAGAUACACAGUUUAAGAAGCCAUUGAGUAACAAAGGGUCGAAUACGUAUUAUGGUCAUUGCUAUGUACACAUGUACUACAGUAUACUGUAAAUAAUAUUAUAAUAGAUUUUUUCUAAAGUGAAGGAUUAACACAAUAAUAAAGAUGUAUUUUGCUAUAA